UAUUUACAAUCAAGCACGUAUCGAAUACUUUAACGCCAAUGGUGAACAAUAAAAUUAAUUCAAACAGAAUAACAAAAGCCAGGAGAGCUAAAGAAUCCUUCAUAUCCCAUAAGAACUGUAACUCUGUGGUCCGGAACAAAGAAAAGCCUCCGUGCAUGGUGUGUAUCUCAACCAACAACGGUCUGUUGCAUUCCCUCAGAAGGUGAAGAGAUUCCGAAACAUAAUCUGAUUGCUCAUGUGCAGCCAGCGUCCUCCGAGAAGAGUCUGCACAUGGACCCAAGGCAGGAUCCAGCGCAAACGAAGGACGUCCAGAUCCAGUCGCAGACGAAAGGUGAUCUGCAAAAAGCGGAAACUAGUGAGCAGGAUAAGCUGUUAGAGGAAAUUCAUAUCAAGAGCGAGCCUUUUUGUGAUGAUUUGUGGGAUGUCCUGGACGAGCUGGGGGAUAUUCUGGAUGAGGAGCAGGCCAACUCGGUUGUGUUAAAGAAACCUGCGAUUACGCCACCACCACCCUUCAUCUCACUGACAGACGACUCAUCAUUGUUCACUAGAAGAUUACGACUUGACCGUGAGGUUUCUCGUGACAGCUUUAAUGAUCCCUUAUCCGAUGGAGAAAUUGCUUCAAGUGAAGAAAGCAUAUUUCAGGGAACGAGUCCCGGUCGAAGUAUUGAAUAUUAUCGACUUUUCCAGGUGGAAGCAUCAAGCAGUCAUGAAGAGAGUUCCGAACGACACAAGGGCAAUGGUUGUAACAAUAGAAAGCUCUCUUACGAAGCUACCGUAACAAGAGCCAAACAACUUAAUCCAGAACCUAACAACACGCGUAGCAAAUCAUAUGGCAGAAGUUUUUUUUCAUUGCAUGGAAUACGUGGUAGUCGUAGCCCCAAGUUCAGAGGCAGGAGAAGAAGCGCCUCAAGGAACUCAGCCGAAUCCCAGAGAACAUCAAUCCCAGCAUACCGUUGGAGCCAAUCCAGAGAAAACAUACGAACUCUGAAGCGGAGCAACUCCAGGGACCAUCUGGAUCGCCACAUUAGACCUUCGUUUCCUAGACGCAGGUUUAGAUCCAGGUCCAGAAGCCCUGAUCGUAGGAAUCGUUCUCAUUCCGAACGAUAUCCCUGUCCAGGCAAAAGAUCCAGGGAUGCUUCUCCCAGCAUUAGGCAUAGAUCACAUAGAUCGCCCGACUUGGAAAGGAGGCACGUCCGGCGACAUUCGCCAUUAUACCUCCCACGACUUCGUUUUAGGAGGACAUCCAGGCCAGCCACAAACUUUGAACGAAAAAAGUUGGGAGAAAGGAUUUGCCAAGUUGACCGUUCAAAAAGCAAAUCCCGAACAGAAAGAACACAUUUUCGAAAAAGGUCUAGAAGUAGAUCCAAAGCAACAAAGAUUAUUGACCGAGAAGGUUCCAAAAACGCAUCCAAGUCGCGCUUAAAAAGUAAAAACAGCCCAGUAAACAUUGAGGCGGGCAAGCGUUCCAGGAGCCGAUCCAUCAACAGUAAAAGCCGUUCUCGGAAAUAUUCGAAAAGUAGCACCCAACCUGCACAGAGCCCGACAGAUAAUUCACGUAUAAAUAAGUCUAGCAAGGCGAAGAGAGUGGUUAGUAGAGGUGAUUUAAAACUUCCACUGAACCAAAAAGAGCUACUUCCUGUUAGCUCCUCGCAAAGUUCGUCGCUAGAUUCACCUCGGCCGAUUUCUCCGAUGGUCACACUCCACGAUAACCGACUAACUCGCCACAAUGAGAUGCGUCAAUACUUGUUGCCAACUCCACCUCCCCAAAUUAUAUACACGCAGACAAACUACACUCACCUGCUGUACAGCGCCCCUCAAUUUCAAGGAUACCAGUCCGGAUACUAUAGACCCCCCUCAUCGGAUAUCGGUUCUUGCGACCUGCGCGGCCAUACAUCCAGCACCCAUUCAAUCUAUUACCUGAGUCCUAACAAUAUGCAUGAACACAGCCAGGACAUCUGCUUACCUCAACCUGCCUUUAACGCCCACGCGGAGUGGCCAUCGGGCAACUAUGAACAGUACCACCAGAACGGUUACUUCUAAUGGACCUCUCCUGUAUUUUAUUUAAUGUACACGAAUGAUCUUUAUUUUUAUUACAUAUGUACUCGUGUGUAUGAGUGUCAUAUUUUAAUCGUAGAGGGAGUUCUGUCUGCGUGUGUAUGUGAAGUCACGACUUCGAAGCGGGAUUUAGUUAGUCUGAUGCGAGAAUAUCGUACGGAUAAAGUUUCUCCCGCACCGUUUUAUCCAUGGAUGCGGAUCCUUCAAAGCUUUUGAGGUGGUUUGCUUUCAGCAUAUAAAAAUGGUAGAACUUCGGAAGCAUUCACUUUUCGACUUCCUGAUUCGAAGUCUUCCUGUGUAGAUAGGUAAACUUCCAGAUGUCACAAUGAUUUUGACAUAUGUUCCUGCCAAGAAACAAAAUCUAGUGAUAGGUAGUAUUUUCUCCACAACUAACGUUGUUUAUUCCUCUUGAAUGAAAUAUUAUGAACAAAACAAGAAGAAAC